CCACUAGAAAAGGUCGGUAAGGAUUCAAGUUCGUCUUCUCUUGCAAAUGUUCCGAUGGCACAGUAUCCACAAGAAGAGGAAAAUGAUGCUUCUCUUUCUACGGAAACCAUUACAGAAACUGAUACAGAGGCGUCUUUUCAAGCUCCAGAAAGCCAUUAUGUACAAGAUAGUCAACAGAAUGUCGCUAAAGUGCUCACAACAUCGUUGCUUCUUGAUGAUCAGGUCAGCCCAGUAGCACAGGAGGCACGAGAAGAGGCACAAGAAGAGGCACAAAAAGAAGUUGAGGGCCUUCCUCUUUUUGUAAAAACUGAAAGAGUUCCAUCAUCUGAAGCUCUAGCUGUUCCAAAAGUACAGGAGGAACGAGAGGAUGCUAAUAGUGUACCACUUCCUAACGAAACCGGGAUUCUGACUGACAUUGCCAACAAUGAAGCAAAUGAAGACAAUCCUGGUAAACAACAACCAUCGUCUACCGUUUGGAAAAAUAAGGAGGGUGCCACUUCUAAUGUUCCAUCUCAUCAAAUGCCAAUUCAGAAAAAAGUUAAGGUUGCGAAUGAGCUGCCUACGUCAUCCAUCACGAUGAAAACGACUACGACUGCAUCUAAUGAUGUUAAAAUCCCCCUAGCUGAUAAAUUAGCAUCAUCGAAAGUGCGGAAGCAUAGUGAAAAAGAGGCAUCUCCCGCUGCUUUAAAAGCAAAAAAGGAUUCCACAAAGAGUGUUAUAGCAGAUAAUUCACCAGGUAAAAUAGAUCUUGCUGAAGUCCUGAAAGUUUUGAAAUCUGCAACGCAAGGAGAGAAAGUUAGUGCAUUUUGGGCUGAUAAGAUUGCCAAGACAUACCGUUUGCUUGCUGCAGAAGAUAAAAAACGAGAAGAGAAGCUGUCCGAAAAUAAUGAUAUACCGAUGUCAAAAACUGGUAGCGCUGAAACUCGACGACAUUUUGAACAAGGCGACAACAAGGAUGCAGCAAAAGCUGCGAAGAUCAAAAAGAGUCUUGGAUCCGAGAUUUGGAAAUCAGAGACAAAAGGCUCACAUGACCCAACGACUGCUGGAAAAUCUUUGCCUCUGAUAGACAAAAUAAUCAGGGGUUUCAACUCUGGAGAGGAUAAAAAGGUUGCCAGUGAAUCACCUGAAGAAUUUGACAUUGGUGUAGCUAUCAUUGAAAGCAAAGAAGAACCUAUUAAGGCAAGUGAUGUUUGGUUGUUUUUUUCUAAUAAACUGCAAAUUUUCAUCUUAAAGAAUAAGAAUUAAAGAAGAUGGCACUUUGAGAGGAAGUUUGAAAUAAGAUUCAAAAUUAAAGUGAGUUCAACGUAGACAACUGAAGUUUUUAAAUAUCUUUUUUCCAUGUCAUCAAGCAAAAUCUAGAGUAUUUCCUUUUUUCCAGUAUGUUCGGAACACGCCCUUCUCUUCCAGGUUGUAAUUUGCGUUCUGUUUGAACCAGGGGUGCAUUUUGACUGACCCCUAAAUAAACUCAUCAUAUGAUUUUUAAAAUAAAGCAGAUAAACUUUUGGCAAUUUUACGAUAUAUGGUA